GCGCGUGACGUCAGCGCAGCAGGAAGCGCGCUCGUCCGCGGAGUUUCCUCGCAGUUCGUUUAGUUUGGAGCAGCUGUGAACAUGAGCCACCCCGCGGAGCCCCGAAAACACGACAUCAGCGCCGUCCUCAAGCGCCUGAGGGCCGUCCCCGCGAACAAGGUGUGUUUUGACUGCUCUGUGAAGAACCCCAGCUGGGCGAGCAUCACAUACGGUGUGUUUCUCUGCAUUGACUGCUCAGGGACUCACCGCUCUCUAGGAGUGCACCUGUCCUUCAUCAGGUCCACGGAGCUGGACUCGAACUGGUCCUGGUUCCAGCUGCGCUGCAUGCAGGUGGGAGGCAAUGCGAGCGCGAGCGCCUUCUUCACUCAACACGGCUGUACCGCCAGCGCCGCCAACACUAAGUACAACAGCAGAGCGGCGGGGCUGUACCGCGACAGAAUCAGGAGUCUGGCCACGGAGGCCACCCGCCGGCACGGGACCGAGUUAUGGCUGGAGGGUCAGGCUCCUCUGUCACCCACGUCACCCGUCGACAAGCACGAGGACUUCUUCACGCAGCACACCCGGACUCCCCUGAAUGAAGGACCCAGCCGACCGCAGACCACCGUUCAGGAUAAGAACAAUAAUGGUGAGGCUGAGGGGGGCCCCGGUGUGGAGCAGCUCGGUGUGUCCCCGACGUCUGCUGCAGAGCCGUCCUCUCUGAUCAAGAAGAAACCCGCCACAGGCAAGAAGUCGGCGGGCGGCAGGAAGGCGGGUCUGGGCGCUCAGAAGGUCAGCAGUCAGAGCUUCAGCGCGCAGCAGAAGAGAGCUCAGGCCGUGGACAGGCUGCAGGAGGAGAUGGGCUCUCAGAAGAGCAGCAGCGCGGAGCCCGAAGUGACGUCUCUGAGCCGAGCCUACGAGAGUCUGGAGCUGCAGCGCAGGAGAGACGAGGCCAAGCUGAGCCGUCUGGACGGCAAGAAGAAGGAGCAGGCGGAGCGCCUCGGCAUGGGCUUCGGUGGACGCAGCGGCCUGUCUCACUCGGUGAUGGAGGACAUGCAGAUGAUCCAGCAGGAGUCUCCGGCGCUGAGCUCCUCCAGCAGGAGGGUGUACGAGGAGGAGGACGACGACGAGGAGCAGCAGGAGCACCGGCGCUUCUCCUCCAGGCUCCUGGAUGAAGACGACGGGGCGUCGGAUCGGUUCUUCUCUCAGUGGACGGCAGCGGCGAAGCAGACCGACGUCUACCUGGACCCUGUCGAGAGGGCCUCGGCGAGGAGGACGGAGACGCAGCCCGUCUCGGACGACGCUCAAAGGAAGUUCGGACACGCCAAAGCCAUUUCAUCAGACAUGUUCUUCGGGAAGCAGGACAACUCCGAGUACGAGGUUCGAGCGCGGCUGGAGAAUUUCUCGGGCAGUUCAGCGAUCAGUUCAGCCGAUCUGUUCGACGAGCAGAAGAAAUCCGCAGCGGCGUCCGGCGGCUCGUACGGCUUGAGCAAGGUCCUGCCGGCCGUUCCCGACAUGACGCAGUUCAAGAGCGGCGUGCGCUCGGUCGCCGGGAAGCUGUCGGUCAUGGCCAGCGGAGUCGUGUCCACCCUGCAGGAUCGCUACAGCACCUGAAGUCCCGAAGAGUCCUUCCUUCCGUCCUCUCUGUAUAUUAUAUAUAUCCAUCCAGCAUUCGUGGGUAUGACUGGGAUCGGGUUUAAUGUCAGCUUGAGUCGUCGCUUGAUCACUUGGGGAACGAAACCUUUGUUUAUUUGAGGUGAAAGUUUGCACUCCGUGGCUCAGAUUGCACUAUAUUUCUGCUACAGAUGUGUUUGUUUACAUUCGUGAAGAAAGAGGACGCUCGCGAGAUGCUGUUCUCAUUGAAGAGCUUUAUAUGAUGUGUAAUGUAGCAUUGCGUAUGUGAAGACGCACACUACAAACGUGACAAUCGUUCACAUGAAGCCUUAUUCAUCUCAUUGCCUUAUUAUUAUCUAAGUUUGUUUAUGGUAUCUAUUAUGGUUUAUCUUGCUCUGUCCUUUAACGUAGGGGUUAUUAAACGCUGUGGGUGAUUUAUGGAAUAAAUUGGUAUAACUCAAUAAAGAUCAGAUCUGGUAAGAAA